GCGGCGCGCAUUCCACCUCCGCGCCUUGUUCGCGGAGCAGGACCAGGGAGAGAGAACCGCCGGCCGAGUUCUGGGCACUGCGCCCGGCGCGAGGUGCGGGAUGGAGAGCAAGGCGCUGCUGGCCUUUGCUCUGUGGCUCUGCGUGGAGACCCGGGCUGCCUCUGCGGGUUUGUCUAGUGUUUCUCUUGAUCCACCCAGUCUCAGCAUAAAAAAAGACAUACUUACAAUUAUGGCUAACACAACGCUUCAAAUUACUUGCAGGGGUCAGCAGGACUUGGACUGGCUCUGGCCCAACAAUCAGAGUGGCUCUGAGAAAAGAGUGGAGGUGACGGAUUGCAGUGACAGCAUCUUCUGUAAGAUGCUCACCAUUCCAAAAGUGAUCGGAAAUGAUACUGGAGCCUACAAGUGCUUCUACCGGGACACUGACAUGGCCUCCGUCAUCUAUGUGUAUGUUCAAGAUUACAGGUCUCCAUUUAUUGCUUCUGUCAGCGACCAACAUGGAGUUGUAUACAUCACUGAGAACAAAAACAAAACUGUGGUGAUUCCGUGUCUGGGGACCAUUUCAAACCUCAAUGUGUCACUUUGUGCAAGGUAUCCAGAAAAGAGGUUUGUUCCUGAUGGUAACAGAAUUUUCUGGGACAGCAAGAAAGGCUUCACUAUUCCCAGCUACAUGAUCAGCUAUGCUGGCAUGGUCUUCUGUGAAGCAAAAAUUAAUGAUGAAAGUUACCAGUCUAUUAUGUACAUAGUUGUGGUUGUAGGGUACAAGAUUUAUGAUGUGGUUCUGAGCCCCCCUCACGGAGUUGAGCUGUCUGUUGGAGAGAAGCUCGUCUUAAAUUGUACGGCAAGAACUGAACUAAAUGUGGGGAUUGACUUCAACUGGGAAUACCCUUCUUUGAAGCAUCAGCAUAAGAAACUUGUAAACCGGGACCUAAAAACCCAGUCUGGGAGUGAGAUGAAGAAGUUUUUGAGCACCUUGACUAUAGAUGGUGUAACCCGGAGUGACCAAGGGUGGUACACCUGUGCCGCUUCCAGUGGGCUCAUGACCAAGAUGAACAGCACAUUCAUCAGGGUCCAUGAAAAACCUUUUGUUGCUUUCGGUAGUGGCAUGGAAUCUUUGGUGGAAGUCACCGUGGGAGACCGUGUCAGAGUCCCUGUGAAGUGCCUUGGUUACCCUCCUCCAGAAAUAAAAUGGUAUAAAAAUGGAAGACCCAUUGAGUCCAAUCACACAAUUAAAGUGGGGCACGUACUGACUAUUAUGGAAGUGAGUGAAAAAGACACAGGAAAUUACACUGUCAUCCUUACCAAUCCCAUUUCAAAGGAGAAACAGAGCCAUGUGGUAUCUCUGGUUGUGAAUGUCCCACCCCAGAUUGGUGAGAAAUCUCUGAUCUCUCCCGUGGACUCUUACCGGUAUGGCACCUCCCAAACGCUGACGUGCACGGUCUAUGCCGUUCCUCCCCCCAGUCACAUCCUCUGGUACUGGCAGCUGGAAACAGAGUGUACCUACCAGUCCACCCAAGCUGCCUUAACGACAAACCCACAUACCUGUAAAGAAUGGAGAAAUGUGGAGGACUUCCAGGGGGGAAACAAAAUCGAAGUCAACAAAAAUCAAUUUGCCCUAAUUGAAGGAAAAAACAAAACUGUAAGUACCCUUGUUAUCCAAGCAGCCAAUGUAUCCGCUUUGUACAAAUGUGAAGCGGUGAACAAAGCUGGGAGAGGAGAGAGGGUUAUCUCCUUCCACGUGACCAGGUGUCCUGAAAUCACUUUGCAACCCGGCACCCAGCCCACCGAGCAGGAGAGCGUGUCUCUGUGGUGCUCUGCGGACAGAACUAUGUUUGAGAACCUCACGUGGUACAAACUUGGCCCACAGGCUCUGCCUAUCCACGUGGGAGAGCUGCCCACACCUGUUUGCAAGAACUUGGAUGCUCUUUGGAGAAUGAAUGCCACGAUGAUCUCUAAUAGCACAAAUGACAUUUUGAUCAUGGAGCUGCAGAAUGCAUCCUUGCAGGACCAAGGAGACUACAUCUGCUUUGCUCAGGACAGGAAGACCAAGAAAAGACAUUGCGUGGCCAGACAGCUGACAGUCCUAGAGCGCAUGGCACCCACGAUCACAGGAAACCUGGAGAACCAGACAACAAGUAUUGGUGAAACCAUCGAAGUUUCCUGCACAGCGUCUGGGAAUCCCCCUCCACAGAUUACGUGGUUUAAAGAUAAUGAGACUCUUGUGGAAGAUUCAGGCAUCGUGCUAAAAGAUGGGAACCGGAACCUAACUAUCCGCAGGGUGAGGAAGGAGGAUGAAGGCCUGUACACCUGCCAGGCUUGCAGUGUUCUCGGGUGUGCAAAAGUGGAGGCGUUUUUCAUAGUGGAAGGUGCCCAGGAAAAGACAAACUUGGAAGUCAUUAUUCUAGUAGGCACUGCAGUGAUUGCCAUGUUCUUCUGGCUACUCCUUGUCAUCGUUCUACGGACCGUUAAGCGGGCCAGUGGAGGGGAACUGAAGACGGGCUACUUAUCCAUCGUCAUGGAUCCAGACGAGCUCCCCCUGGAUGAGCGCUGUGAGCGCCUGCCUUAUGAUGCCAGCAAAUGGGAAUUCCCCAGAGACCGGCUGAAACUAGGUAAGCCUCUUGGCCGUGGUGCCUUUGGGCAAGUGAUUGAAGCAGAUGCCUUUGGAAUUGACAAGACAGCAACCUGCAAGACAGUGGCUGUCAAAAUGUUGAAAGAAGGAGCAACACACAGCGAACACCGAGCCCUCAUGUCUGAACUCAAGAUCCUCAUUCAUAUUGGCCACCAUCUCAACGUGGUCAAUCUUCUUGGUGCCUGUACCAAGCCAGGGGGGCCACUCAUGGUGAUUGUGGAAUUCUGCAAGUUUGGAAACCUGUCAACUUACUUAAGGAGCAAGAGAAAUGAAUUUGUUCCCUACAAGACUAAAGGGGCACGUUUCCGGCAAGGGAAAGAAUACGUUGGGGAAAUCACCAUGGAUCCUAAACGCCGCUUGGACAGCAUCACCAGUAGCCAGAGCUCAGCCAGCUCCGGAUUUGUUGAGGAGAAAUCCCUCAGUGAUGUGGAGGAAGAGGAAGUUUCUGAAGAUGUGUACAAGAACUUCCUGACCUUGGAACAUCUCAUCUGUUACAGCUUCCAAGUGGCUAAGGGCAUGGAGUUUUUGGCAUCACGGAAGUGUAUCCACAGGGACCUGGCAGCGAGAAACAUCCUCUUGUCGGAGAAGAAUGUGGUUAAAAUCUGUGACUUUGGCUUGGCCCGGGAUAUUUAUAAAGACCCAGAUUAUGUCAGAAAAGGAGAUGCUCGCCUCCCUUUGAAAUGGAUGGCCCCGGAAACAAUUUUUGACAGAGUGUACACAAUUCAGAGUGACGUGUGGUCUUUUGGUGUCCUCCUCUGGGAAAUAUUUUCCUUAGGUGCUUCUCCAUAUCCUGGAGUAAAGAUUGAUGAGGAAUUUUGUAGGAGAUUGAAAGAAGGAACUAGAAUGAGAGCUCCUGAUUAUACCACACCCGAAAUGUACCAGACCAUGCUUGACUGCUGGCAUGAGGAGCCCAAUCAGAGACCCACGUUUUCAGAGUUGGUGGAACAUUUGGGAAAUCUGUUACAAGCUAAUGCUCAGCAGGAUGGCAAAGACUACAUUGUUCUUCCCAUAUCAGAGACUUUGAGCAUGGAAGAGGAUUCGGGACUCUCUCUGCCUACCUCACCUGUUUCCUGUAUGGAGGAAGAGGAAGUGUGUGACCCCAAAUUCCAUUAUGACAACACAGCAGGAAUCAGUCAGUAUCUGCAGAAUAGUAAGCGAAAGAGCCGGCCUGUCAGUGUAAAAACAUUUGAAGAUAUCCCGUUGGAAGAACCAGAAGUAAAAGUAAUCCCAGAUGACAACCAGACGGACAGUGGUAUGGUUCUUGCAUCCGAAGAGCUGAAAACCUUGGAAGACAGAACCAAAUUAGCCCCAUCUUUUAGUGGAAUGAUGCCCAGCAAAAGCAAGGAGUCUGUGGCAUCUGAAGGCUCAAACCAGACGAGCGGCUACCAGUCGGGGUAUCACUCCGAUGACACAGACACCACUGUGUACUCCAGCGAGGAGGCGGAACUUUUAAAGCUGGUAGAGAUUGGACCACAAGCUGGCAGUGCAGCUCAGAUUCUCCAGCCUGACACUGGGAUCACACUGAGCUCCCCUCCUGUUUAAAAGGAGGCACCCACGUACCCCAGUCCUGGAAAUCACAUGAGAGGUGCUGCUCAGAUUUUCAAGUGUUGUUCUUUCCACCACCAGAAAGUAGCCACAUUUGAUUUUCAUUUCAAAAACAAGGACCUCGGACUGCAGGGAGGCAGUCCUCUAGGCAUUUCCUGAGAAGAUGCUUGUGACCCAAGAAUGUGUUUGUGUCUUCUCCCGGUGUUGACCUCAUUCUUUUUAAAAUUCAUUUAAAAAGCAUGUCUGAUGCCCCCUAAUGUGGGUCACCCCAGGGGUUACAGCAAAAGAAGUUCAAGAAAUGGCUUCAUCCUCCAAGAAGUAGCAGUACCGGGGGAGUUGACACCUCUGUAAAACUAGAAGAUAAACAGGCAAUGGAAGUGCUUUAGGUGUUGAAGAUGGGAAAGACCUUUAGGGCUGAGUCCAUCUAAGAAGCUUUGUUUAGGAGAUUGGUCCUGAGCCAAGUCUUACGUGUGGGGUUUGGAUUGAUGGAAAGGAAGAUGCUGGCUUGCUUUGAGGGUGCACUGGAGCCUGCACAUGCAUUGCGUUGGCUCCGGUGGAGGUGGGCAUAGGAUCUGUUAGGAAACGUAAAGGCUUCAUAUGAGGUGACUGGUUUUAGAAGGUUGCGUGCUCUUCCCAUUUGGGCUAAAUGAGAGUUCCCUGUGCCGUUUCCGACUCCUAAUGAGAGUUCCUUCCGGACUCUUACGUGUCUCCUGGCCAAGCCCCAGGAAGGAAAUGAUGCAGCUCUGGCUCCUUGUCUCCCAGGCUGAUCCUUUAUUCAGGACACCACAAAGGAAGGACACUCAGGCUCUCUGUCGCGUCCAAGAUUUCUGACUGUGUAAACCAGCUUCUGGUGUCUUCUGGAUGAAUACCGACAUGUCUGUCCUGAUGUGAUAUGUCUGAGCCUGAAUGCAGUAGAUUCAGUAUCAAGCUGUGGUGUCAAAGCUUCAGGAAGAAUAUUGCUCUCUUGUUCCUUCUCCCCUCUCCAUGCCUUCCCCCCGCUUCAGUAUUUUCCUGACGUCCCAGCCAGUCAGUAUUCUAGUAAUUUGGCCCCUACACCCUAGUAAAAGCUGAUUUGGUUUGUUCACUCUCUGAGUAAUUAUUAGCCAGAUUUCAAAAUUACUUUGUAGCCAAAGUUAUAACAACUAUUGUAUCACUUAGACUUUUAACAUGUAAAGCUCUUUCUACUGGUUUCUGCCCUUGUUCUUUCCUUUUUAAAAAAGAAAAUGUAUUUUCGUUUGGUACCAUAGUGUGAGAUGCUGGGAACCAUGACUAUGAAACACGCUAUGGCACAUAUAUUUAUAGUCUGUUUAUGUAGAAACAAAUGUAAUAUAUUAAAACCUUAUAUUAUAUAUAAUGAACUUUGUACUAUCACAUUUUGUAUCAGUAUUAUGUAGCAUAACAAAGGUCAUAAAGCUUUUAGCAAUUGAUGCCAUUUUAUUAAAAAAAAAAGUGAAAAAGUUGAAGUAAUCCCUUUGCAAAGUUGCAUCACUGUACCUAUCAUUUCUCUCACUUCUAGAAUGGAGGAGGGGGAAUCAGAUAUCAUUUCCAUAUGGCUGUUUUUUAUUUUCACUUGUUCCCUUAUUCUUCUUAUGAAGGAUAUUUCCAUUAAAUGUUUAUAUACUUUUUAAACCAAUAAAUGUAUUCUUAGUAAAAAAAAAAAAAAUACAAUGGUAUAAUACUAUCACAGUUGUUUUGAGGGUAAAUAUUUCUGGCUUAAAUGCUUCUCCCCCUCCUCUUCUUCAUUACACAAAUAAUUCACACACACAUGCACUCUUGUUAAAUUCCAAGCACUUCUGAGAUUCUUAAAACAUGGACUGAGAGAUACCUCAUAAAUACUCCAACAGUAUUUGUGGCUCGCUAGUAACCCGCGUGCCUGUUAGAACAGCCAACCAUGAAAAUCAUGGGGCGAGAGAUCCCGAGACAGGUUAGCCAGACCUGGCAGUGCAGGGAAGCAUGGAACAUAUCUAUAGUUUUCAAUAAUGCUUUACUCUA